AGCAUCUUAAUUUGCAAUGCGUGACAGAAUCACAAGCUUCAGAAAAUCAGCAGUGAAGAGAGAGAAGCUUCUCAUCCAGCAUCCUAUUGACUCCCAGCCUUCCAUCAGCGAGAUCCCACAUGCCCAGGCACUUGUUGAUGAGCGCUGCAUGAACUUAUCAGAGAAAGAAGUCAUGGAUCUCUUUGAAAAAAUGAUGGAAGACAUGAACCUGAACGAGGAACGGAAAGCUCCGUUACGAGACAAGGACUUGAGCACGAAACGGGAGAUGGUCGUCCAGUACAUUUCUGCAACUGCCAAAUCCAUAGUCGGAAGUAAAGUUCCGGGUGGACUAAAAAACAGCAAGCACGAAUGUACCCUGUCCUCACAAGAAUAUAUCCAUGAACUGAGAUCUGGAAUUUCAGAUGAAAAACUUCUUAAUUGCCUGGAGUCUUUGAGAGUGUCUCUAACCAGCAAUCCAGUCAGCUGGGUUAAUAAUUUUGGACAUGAAGGUCUUGGACUUCUGUUGGAUGCAUUGGAAAAGCUUCUGGACAAGAAACAGCAAGAAAGUAUUGAUAAGAAGAAUCAACAUAAACUUAUCCAGUGCCUCAAAGCAUUUAUGAACAAUAAAUACGGUUUGCAAAGGAUUUUAGGAGAUGAAAGAAGUCUCCUGCUGUUGUCAAGAGCAAUUGAUCCAAAGCAACCACACAUGAUGACUGAGACAGUGAAAAUACUUUCUGCCAUCUGCAUUAUUGGAGAGGAAAACAUUCUGGACAAGCUUUUAGGUGCUAUAACAACUGCUGCUGAGAGGCACAGCAGGGAGGAGCGUUUCUCCCAGAUUGUGGAAGGCCUGGAGAACCACGAGUUCAUCCAGCUGCAGGUAGCAUGUAUGCAGCUCAUCAACGCCCUUGUUACAUCCCCUGAGGAUCUUGAUUUCAGGAUACACUUGAGAAAUGAGUUUUUACGUUGUGGCCUGAAGAAAAUAUUGCCUGCCUUGAAAGAUAAGGAAAAUGACGAGCUUGAUAUUCAGCUGAGGGUGUUUGAUGAGAACAAAGAUGAAGACCACUUUGAACUGUCACAUCGUCUCAACGAUAUCAAAGCUGAAAUGGAUGAUGUGAGCGAAGUAUUUCAUCUGCUGUAUAAUAUGGUGAAAGAUACUUCUUCUGAAAAUUACUUUUUGUCAAUUCUGCAACAUUUCCUCCUGAUCAGGAACGAUUACUAUGUCCGACCUCAGUAUUACAAGAUCAUAGAAGAGUGUGUGUCACAGAUAGUGCUGCACUGCAGUGGCAUGGACCCAGAUUUCAAAUACAGAGGAAGGAUGGACAUUAAUUUUACACAUCUUAUUGAUGCAUGUGUGGACAAAGCUAAAGUAGAAGAGAGUGAAAAGAAAGCAGCAGAAUUUUCCAGAAAGUUUGAUGAAGAGUUCACAGCUCGACAAGAGGCACAAGCAGAGCUGCAGAAAAGAGAAGAGAAAAUCAAAGAACUCGAAUCAGAAGUCAAACAGCUCCGGACCCAGGGUCCAGGCCUGACAGAAGUCCCAGCAAUACCUCCAGCCCUCCCAAGUGAGAACGCCCUGCCAUCUCCAGCGCCUUCACUCCCUGGUGGAGCCAUCCCUCCUCCACCUCCCCUCCCUGGUGGAGGAGCCAUCCCUCCUCCACCUCCCCUCCCCGGUGGAACAGCAAUUCCUCCUCCUCCUCCCCUGCCAGGUGGACCCACAAUUCCUCCUCCUCCUCCCCUGCCAGGUGGAGCAGUGAUUCCUCCCCCACCUCCAUUACCUGGUGCAUCGCUUCCUCCACCGCCGCCUCCUCUGCCCGGGGGAGCCAUCCCACCUCCCCCUCCCCUGCCCGGUGUGCCCCCAGCACCUCCUCUGCCUGGGGGAGCAGGGCCUCCUCCUCCUCCUCCUCUGCCUGGGGGAGCAGGGCCUCCUCCUCCUCCUCCUCUGCCUGGGGGAGCAGGGCCUCCUCCUCCUCCUCCCCUGCCCGGGGGAGCAGUCCCUCCACCGCCGCCUUUUGGGGGGCCCCCGAUGCCCCCCCCUCUCGGAGGGGUCCCCUUUGCUCCCUUCCCCAUGGUGCCAGCCUUGCCACACGGGAUGAAGGAGAAGAAGAAGUAUAAGCUGGAAGUGUCUAUGAAGAGAAUCAACUGGUCCAAGAUUGAGCCUCAAGAAAUAGGAGAAAACAGCUUUUGGGUAAAAGCUGAAGAAGAUAAAUUUGAAGACCCGGAGCUGUUUGCAAAAUUGGCACUUACCUUUGGAACCCAAAUGAAAGCCAAAAAGCCUGUCGAAGAAUCAGAAGAAAAGAAAGCAGCUCAGUCAAAGAAGAAGAUCAAAGAAUUACGAGUUUUGGAUGGAAAAUCUGCACAAAAUUUAUCAAUAUUUUUGGGUUCCUUCCGUUUGCCUUAUGAAGAAAUAAAAAAUAUCAUUUUAGAGGUUGAUGAGGAGAAGCUGAGUGAAUCCUUGAUUCAGAACCUGGUGAAGAAUCUUCCUGAGCAGAAAGAACUCAAUGCCUUAGCUGAAUUAAAGGAUGAAUAUAAUGAUCUUGCUGAGCCAGAGCAGUUUGGAGUUGUGAUGAGCUCAGUGAAGAUGCUGCGCGCGCGGCUCAACGGGAUCCUGUUCCGGCUGAUGUUCGAGGAGCACGUGAACAACAUCAAACCCGACAUCAUGGCAGUGACCCUGGCCUGCGAGGAGCUCAAGAAGAGUGAAAGCUUCAGCAAGCUCCUGGAGCUGGUGCUGUUCCUGGGGAACUACAUGAACUCUGGCUCCAGAAACGCACAAUCCCUUGGCUUCAACAUCAGCUUUCUCUGCAAGAUAAGAGACACAAAAUCAUCAGACCAGAAAACCACCCUGUUGCAUUUCCUGGCAGAAAUCUGUGAGGAGAAUUACCGGGACAUCUUAAAAUUUCCGGAUGAAUUGCAGCACGUGGAGAGUGCAAGCAAAGUUUCAGCCCAGACUCUGAAGAGCAACCUGGAUUCGAUGAACCAGCAGAUCCAGCGCCUGGAGAAGGACAUCGAGAACUUCCCAAAAACCCAGGACGAGCACGAUAAGUUUGUAGAGAAGAUGAGCAGCUUUGCUGAGAGUGCCCGAGAGCAAUAUGAGAAACUGUCCAACAUGCACAACAACAUGACAAAAUUGUAUGAAAAUUUGGGAGAAUACUUCACCUUUGAUCCCAAAGCAAUAAGCAUAGAAGAAUUCUUUGGCGAUCUGAGCAACUUCAGAACUCUGUUUUUGGAGGCAUUAAAAGAAAACAACAAAAGAAGAGAAUUGGAGGAGAAAACCAAGAGAGCCAAGCUGGCCAAGGAGAAGGCAGAGCGCGAGAGGCUGGAGAGACAGAAGAAGAAGCAGCAGUUGAUUGAUAUGAACAAAGGUGUGGUCCUUGCAGGAAGAGGCUCCAGGGGCCUCUCAAUGAAGCCCCAGCAGACCUUGACCAUUGGAACAUUUUCUCCCAAUAAAUAA